CGCUGCCAUUCACCAAUCAGAGACGCUGUUACUCUCCUGCACGAACUGUCCAAUGAGGAGCGCGGACAGUCAGAGGUUGCCGCCAUUGCCGCCCUGUUUGAGUCCUGUGUAGCUUCAGGGAGGCCGGAGGUGGAUUGUUGUGGUUGGUUGUGCGUUCUGCAGUCUGUAGGCUCUUUAGAAAGGACACCUGCUCACGCCCGAAGCAGGAAAUGGAGCCAGUAACCUUUGAGGAUGUGGCUGUGAACUUCACCCUAGGAGAAUGGGCUUUGUUGGAUUCCUAUCAAAAGGAGCUCUACAAAGAUGUAAUGAAGGAAACCUUUAGCAACCUGAUCUCCAUAGGGAAAGCCGAGGAAGAACAUAUUGGAGAGGAUUACCAAAACAUUAGGAGAAAUCUGAGCACUCAUAUGGUUAAAGGAUUCUAUGAAUUUGAACGUGGUAUUCAGUAUGGAGAAGCCCCUCAACAGAUUCAAGAGCAUAUUGUUAAUGAGUGCACGCCUCCUGGAAUAAUAGUAUGUGAAAACGGUGUGUGUAAAAAUGAUGUCAUUGGUCUUUCACAGUCAGAUGUGCACCUCAGAGGUCCAACUGUAGAGAAACCAUAUGCAUAUCAGGAACAUGUGGAAAAGCUUUUUAAACAUAAGAAAUGUUGGAAAGAUUUUACACAUUCUGAGUCCUUUCUUACCUAUGAGAAUCCUUCCAGACAGAAACCCUAUGAAAAUAAACUAUCUAAUGAGCACUGUAGGAGUCUCACUUCUGAUCAAGAUUAUGAGACAAGUCAUAGUCUCCGUGAAUAUAAGCAGUUUGAAACAGCUCUCAUGACAUGUAGUUAUGUUCAGUCAUAUGAAAAACUCCAAACUGGAGAAAAACCAUUUGUAUGUAAGCAGUGUGGAGAAACCUUCAUUAAUUCCAGUCAUCUUAUCAAACAUCAUAAAAUUCAUACUAGAGAGAAGACUUUUGCAUGUAAGUAUUGUGGAAAAGCUUUCAUCCAUCCAAGGGCCUGCUAUAAUCAUGAACGAACUCACACUGGAGACAGACCUUAUGUAUGUAAGCAAUGUGGGAAAGCAUGUAUUCAUUCUUACCACCUUCUUCAACAUGAAAGAAGUCACAGCCGAGAAAAACUUUAUGCAUGUAAGCAGUGUGGGAAAGUAUUUGGACGUUCUUCAUACCUUCGUAAACAUGAAAGAAUUCACACUGGAGAGAAACCUUAUUUAUGUAAGCAUUGUGGAAAAGCAUUCAGUGAUCCUACAACCCGUAACAAUCAUGAACGAACUCACACUGGAGAGAAACACUAUGUUUGUAAACAGUGUGGAAAAGCCUUCAUUCGUUCCUCUCAGCUUCUGAUCCAUGAAAGAAUUCACACUGGAGAGAAGCCUUACUCAUGUAAACAUUGUGGGAAAGCUUUCACCUAUUCCAGUGCCUGUUACAUUCAUGAAAGAAUUCACACUGGAGAGAAACCUUAUGUUUGUAAGCAGUGUGGGAAAGCAUUUACAUGUUCCACAUACCUUCACAAACAUGAAAGAAUUCAUACUGGAGAGAAACCUUAUUCAUGUAAGCAAUGUGGGAAAGCCUUCAUCCAACAUAGGGCUUGUUACAAUCAUGAAAGAAUCCACACUGGAGAGAAACCAUAUGUAUGUGUGCAAUGUGGGCAUGCAUUCACUUUUUCAAAAUCCCUUCAAAUACAUGAAAGAAACCAUACUGGAGAGAAACCAUAUGUAUGUAAGCAAUGUGGGAAAGCAUUCACAUGUUCUACAUAUCUUCACCAACAUGAAAGAACUCACAAUGAGAAGAAAUCCAGUGGAUAGAACUUAUACUGAUGUAAAUCAUGUGAGAGUCUUUGUAGCCAGCUUGCUGUUAUUGCAAGGAAUGAAAGAAGUAUGGAGAGAAACCAAGAGAAUAUGAGAUCAGCAGUUGUGUAAUUUUUACUUACAUAUGCAAGUGUACAUAGGAUAAAACCUGUUGUUGUACUAGGCUUGGUGCAUGCCUUUUAUCCCCAUACUAGGGCAGUGGAGUUUUAGAGAAUUGCAACAUUGAAUAAACCUUAGUCUACAUUGUGGGUUUGAGCACUGUUUGGGAGAUUUAAGAAGAACCAUUUCUAACCAAAUAAAAUUUGUCAUUGUAAAAAUAUAAAAGAAAAUUUUAUGUUUCAAAUAAGAGUUAUUACAUUUUCUGAUAUAGCUGAUUAUUGUAUAAGCAAGAAAUGUGAAGAGCUGGAACAUUUUUUUUUGUAGAAUAUUACUGAAAUACACUAAAAAUUUUAAUAAAUAUUUUAAUUUUUGUUCCAUUCUUAUGCACAUACAAGACCUCUUGACUUUAAAAAAAAAACUUUUGAAGUAUGGUUUGGCAAGUAAAAUGACUGACAUUAUUUCACCUGCCUGCUUUCCUUGAUGGCUGCAAAGCUGAGGUAGGACAAGAACUUUAGCCUACAGUUGAAAACUUCCAGGACACUUUGCAAGGAAUAUCAAUAGCAACUGUAUAAAGAAACUACUUGAAUUUUGGUGAUGAAAGUCCGUUUGGUAAAUCAAUUGAAUUUCAAUUUAAUGGCUGUUUUUAAAUCAAGUAAUAAUAGUCUCCUUUGAUUUGUUAAAUUCAGAUGCAUUUUUAAUCAUCCAGUAUGCUUAAUUUUUAGGUACAUUUUGAGUAACAGUGUUUCAUGUGAAGUUGAAAACAUAUAGCUGUUGUUAGUGUUUUCUGGCUGUCAUUUUAUGGCAUGUUCUUUUUUAUACUAUUAUUAUUAAUUGCUUGGCAGUUUCCUUACAUUUAGGUGCAUACUUAGAUUUUUCUCAGUGUAACAUUCUUACAUAGAUUUUAUAUUUUGUAGUUUAUUUUCUUCCAAAAAGUUUUUUAUGUUGAAUUUAUUUAUUUAUGUGUGUGUGUAUUUGUAUGUUUGCCAUAGCGUGGGUGUGAUGCUCAGUGGACAACAUUCACGAUUUUCUUCCCUGCCAUGCUUCCUCAGCAAGCACUUUUACUCAUUUGAGUUUCAUCACUGGCCCCAAGUGUAAUUUUUGAGCUGUCAUUGUUUUCUUUUGUUUAUUGACACAUUGUCUCUCUACAUAGCUCUGUCUUUCCAGGAACUCAAGAUGGAAACCAGGCUGUCCUCAAACUCACAGAGAUCUGCCUGCCUCUGCCUCCCAAGUGCUAGGAUUAAAGUUGUGUGUGACACCACUGCCUGGCUGACUUUUGUACAUUUUUCCAAUAAAUAGAUUAAAGAAUAUUAUCUUUCCCAUUUACUCAGAAGGCAUCUUCAUAUUCAACAUAGUUUAAAAUUGUAUAUGUUUUUUGUUUGUUUUGCUUUGUUUUUGGCUUUUUGAGACAGGGUUUCUCUGUUUAACAGCCCUGUCUGUCUUGGAACUCACUUUGUAGACCAGGCUGGCCUUGAAUUCACGAAGAUUUGCCACACCCAGUUUAAAAUUGUGUAUCUUCAUAAGUUAAAAUCCAUUUUCGUAUUCAUCAGUUUGAAACUGGUUUUUAACAUGUAAAAUUUAUUUUAUGCUUACAUGGUUCAACUUUUAUUGUAAGUUUUUCUUUGUUCGUCAAAACAAGAAGUGUACUAGGCUGCUGUAAAUUGUUCUCUGGCCAAAAAUGAGCAAAAUCAUACCAUUUAUCUCAAUAAAAUAUAAUGAAUUCUA